CAGAGCAUCUGUAUCAGGCAGUACACUAUCUAAAGAAAGGUUCACCCCUCACCGCAGAUCAUCGGCGCAUCCACUUCGCAGGACCGGAAGCCUAGAAGAGAUGAUGGCCGCUGCGAAUCGGCCCCCUGUUUUCCGCCUCGCCCUGCUCUCGCUUCCGUUCUGUGGCUGCGCGCUUCUCCCGUUUUGUUAGCUCCCAAAUCGCAUGCGCGCUCUCUUAUGGAACAGCACCCAUCUUCGCCCCUGGCGUCCACUUCCUGUGUACCACCUCUCAUCUCUUCUGACACAGCCAACCUAUGAUUGGUUCACGCCUCAGCGCACCUCGUUUGACGUCGCCUGAAGUCGCCUCGCCUGCGCAAGCCAUCUCAUCAGGGGAGAAAUUGCAGCCAAGACUACCGGGCAGACGCAUCCGACACUCGUCAGCAAGGGGAAAAGCGCACCGAACCACUGCUCUUACUGCUCUUUCCCUUUGCGAGGAAAAUAUGCUUAACCACACGCGCGGUAACAAGAAGCGACGAGCGACAACGACGCGACAAGAAGCGAGGAGGCCGUUCAGAACCUACUUCUCCUGCCUCUUCACCAUUGCGCCGGUGCAAGCGACUGCUACUGUCAUACUUGACGCCCUCAUCUUUCUCCGGCCAGAGAAGCACUUCUGCCUUUUGCGCCGCUCAUGCCUAGCACGCCCCCUCUCGACGAAUAUUGUAGACCGAUCCACAUCAUCGCCGUGGCAUAAGCUUGCCUCUCGGACUUGAGCCAAGCCGAUACGGCCCAGCGCGUUUCAGUGGAGCGCACCGACACCCAGUGCCAUCUCAGUCCGAUUACUCUCUGUUGCACUUGGACUACCCCCCGACGGACCAAGUGAGCCAAAGCAAGGCCAGAGGUGCCUACUUGCCACUCAUGCC